UGUGCCGUUUCGUGUAGGCUGAUCCAUGGCAUCGGCCGGUCGGGUGACAUCGCUGCUAUUCAGCCUAAAGCUGCAGGAUCCAGUCUCCUCAACAAACUGACCAACUCGGUUGUGCUGGACGUCUUAAGACUUGCAGGCGUCCGGAGUGCGGCGAGCUGCUUCGUGGUUCCCAUGGCAACGGGAAUGAGCUUGACUCUGUGCUUCCUGACCCUUCGUCACCGCAGACCCAAGGCUCGCUACAUCAUCUGGCCCCGCAUCGACCAGAAGUCCUGUUUCAAAUCCAUGAUCACAGCAGGCUUUGAACCUGUCGUCGUGGAGAACGUUCUCGAGGGCGAUGAGUUGCGGACCGACGUGGAAGCAGUCGAACGCAAGAUCGAGGAGCUCGGAGCCGACAACGUCCUGUGCGUUCACUCGACGACGUCCUGCUUCGCCCCGCGGGUCCCUGACAGGCUUGAAGAGCUGGCCGCUGUGUGUGCCAAACACAACAUUCCCCACAUCGUCAACAAUGCGUACGGAGUGCAGUCGUCCAAAUGCAUGCACCUCAUCCAACAGGGGGCUCGCGUGGGAAGAAUCGAUGCCUUUGUGCAGAGCUUGGACAAGAACUUCAUGGUUCCAGUAGGUGGCGCCAUAAUCGCAGGCUUCGAUGAGUCGUUCGUACAAGAGAUCAGCAGGAUGUACCCUGGGCGAGCGUCGGCGUCGCCUUCCCUUGACGUCCUCAUUACCCUUCUGACUCUGGGUGCCAGCGGCUAUAAGAAGUACCUGUCAGAAAGAAAGGAGAUUUAUUCGUUUCUGGCUCAGGAGCUGAAGAGUCUGGCUUCUGCACACGGCGAGAGAUUGCUCCACACCCCACAUAACCCCAUUUCGCUGGCCAUGUCUCUGGAUGGCCUCCAGGCCGAGAGCGACAAGGCGGUGACUCAGCUCGGCUCCAUGCUGUUCACCCGACAAGUGUCAGGAGCCAGGGUGAUCCCACUGGGCAAAGAGCAGACCAUCGGCGGACACACAUUCCGCGGGUUUAUGUCUCACUCGGAGUCGUACCCGAGUCCUUACCUCAACGCUGCCUCGGCUGUUGGCAUCACCCGAGAAGACGUGACGCUGUGCAUGAAGAGGCUUGACAAAUGCCUGAAGACUCUGAAGAAAGAGGGAAAUGCAGCGAAAAGCAGUUCCCCGUCGAACGAGGAGGCCGCGACCGGAGAAUGACUGAGCUGAAACGAGGAAAAGUUUGAGCGUCCGCUGUGGGAACUUGAUUCUGUCCCGAUCCGGACGGCGCGUCUGCACGAGACGCUUCCUGAUGGAUUAGCAAUCCAGACGCCGUAAUAAGGUCAAUGCCUGGUGACAGCUGGCGAUGAAACUGUGUGCAGAUGUUCAUUACAAAUGAAAAUGACACAAGCUGAUGUCACUGAUUAAUUCGCUCCUCUGUGAAGGUGUGCUAAUUAGUAUAUAUUAUGAGGACAGAACCUGCAUACAAAUGCUGCUCUGGAGCAUGUUGCAGAGGCUGGUGAUGCCGUGUGGAAAACUUUUGAUUGAAUCUGAACUCUAGAAUAGAUUAUUGGUUCAUCAUUUAUAAAGAAAUGUUGUUUUUCUUAAUUAAAGCCCCUGACUGUGCAGUCAAUGGAUGAAACAUUGUG